AUGCUAUCACGUAGUCACGUGUGGUGGCCUUUGAUAACAUAUGAUGUCGAAAACACUGUCAAAAACUGUAGUACUUGUCAACUAACGCAGAACGCGCCACCACGUGUUCCAUUAUUAACGUGGGGUUGGCCAACGCGCAGAUGGCAAAGGGUGCAUCUUGAUUUUGCAUACCGGGAUCAGAACUGGUUUUUGAUCCUCGUAGAUGCUCUUUCAAAGUGGGUAGAGGUGUUUUUAAUGAGUUCCACUACGACAAAAUGUACUAUCGAAAGAUUGCGAAGUGUUUUCGCCGCGUUUGGACUACCAGAAGAGGUAGUGACAGACAAUGGACCCCAGUUUGUGGCGACAGAGUUCGUAGAGUUUCUGUCGAUGAACGCGGUACGCCACACGAAAAGUCCUCCGUACCAUCCCGCCUCAAAUGGAAGCGCGGAACGGUGUGUGCAAACCGUCAAGCGGGACCUCCUGAGGCAGGUAAUCGACGAGCAACGGACAUGUGUACCGAAAUCGAUGCAACAUCAAGUCGACCAGUUCCUGUUUGCAUACAGAAAUACCCCAACUGGUACGACCAACAGAACUCCAGCCGAGCUGUUUCUCUCUUGGAAGCCUAGGACCCGUCUGAGCUUCCUUCAUCCUGAAAUGGGGAGACGCAUGAGAGAUCGCCAGCAACAAAUCAAGGCAGCCGCCGACAUGAGAAGAGGCUCUUGGCGAACUUUUGAAGAAGGCGACCAAGUCCUCGUCCGGGGAUCACGUCCGACAGAUCCUGCAUGGGUGGUGGGACGUGUUGUGAAGAAAGUAAGUGCAUCAACCUACGUCGUGAUAGUGCAAGAUCAGCAUCGGAACAUGCGCAGCGCGGCGUUGACCCCCGUGGCGCGUCGGCUGAGAGACAUCAUGCUCAAGAAGAACCCGCACGUGCCCCCUCCGCAGCCAGCGGCAGCCGACUGGACCGAGGUGACCAUCGCUUGCCCGCCGCUGCCCGGCAAGGCGGCCGUCGGAGGGGCCAAGAGGAUGAUUCCACCGGGACAGGUACGCUCAUGGUAG